AUGGCAAAAUCUCAACUCGUCCCAACCGACCACGGCAUUCAGAUCGAGGGCUUCGUCUCGCACAAUCCAAGCUUCGGAAGCAUCGUCGGGGCAUCUCCUAGCCUUGAGUUGCUUGUGGAGAGGGACUACCCAUUUGCCCAUGAAGCUGGCGUCUUCGUCCCGGACACGAACGACCUUUUCGUCACGAGCAACUGCCUCCAAGACAAGAAGGGCGCGUCUUACGUCACAAUCACAAAGGUAAGCGUUUGGGGCUCUGCGCACGAAACCACGUGCGAGGUGAUACCUUGGACAGGAGGCUACGACGACAACGCCGGCGCAUCAAACAGCAUUUGCAUGGCCAGUGGAGGCGUGAACUGGGGCAACGACAAGAUCUUGUUCUGCGCGCAGGGAAACAAGACACUACCGAGUGGACUCUUUACAAUGACCGUUACGGAGCCGUACGGUCGCGAGGCGUUGCUCACCGGCUUCCACGGAAGGCCCUUCAACUCCGUGAGCGAUGCCAUCGUCGCGCGUUCUGACGGGUGCAUCUGGUUCACGGACUCGAGCUACGGAUACGAACAUGGCUUUCGGCCCAGCCCGAGCCUGCCGGACCAGGUGUACAGAUUCGAUCCGCGUGAGGGAAGCGUGCGCGUCGUGGCGGAUGGGUUCGCGCAUCCGAACGGGCUGUGCUUUUCGCCGGACGAAAGCAUCUUGUAUGUCACCGACACGGGGAAAGUCCGGGGAGGAGGCACGGUGGAUGCCCGCAAGCCAGCAACGAUAUAUGCAUUUGACGUAGUAUACUAUUCAAGCCAGCCAUUCUUGACAAACCGGCGACUGUUCGCCAUGACCGAGAGUGGUGUACCGGACGGCAUCAAGUGUGACACGGACGGUAAUGUAUACAGCGGAUGCGGAAACGGCGUAAACGUCUGGUCUCCCGGCGGCGUGCUUCUCGGCGUUAUCGCCUUGCGCGGCGGCGUCACCAACUUAUGUUUCGGGCGCGCGGGAGAACUGUUCAUGCUGAAUGAGAACAAGCUGUGGCGGGCGAGGAUAUCUCCCAGGGUUACGGGAGCGCAACUCAGAUUAUGA